AUUCCCCAAGAAGAAGAAUCGCUAUUUUUUUUGUGAGAGAGACGAAAUAAAAAUUCGCUUGGUUGGCAAUGGUUUUGCGUAAUGUUUUUUUUCAACGUCUGUCAGUUUCGUAAAUUAGUUUUCGCUUUGUUUGUUUGUUUGUUUUGUGUCCAAUUACUGUUUUUCGCUUAUGAAUGUGUAAAUUAUGGGGGAUGUCGGGCCGAUCGAGUACUUCUUCUACGGUGGUGUCGGUGGUAUGUGCACUGUGCUCGUCGGACAUCCGUUCGAUACGGUGAAGGUGCGACUGCAGACGCAAGCGACCCCGAAGCCUGGGGAGAAGCUCAAAUACCAGGGGAUGAUCGAUUGCUUUCAAAAGACUAUAAGGAAGGAGGGUCCGUUAGCAAUUUACAAGGGUAUGGUCGCGCCUAUUGUUACCAUCACGCCGAUCUACGCCGUCUCCUUCAUGGGCUACCGGAUCGGGAGGGAGCUGAUCGGACCGAAGGAUCUGAAAGACUUCAGGAACAUCCAUUAUUUGGGUUCGGGUCUGUUUUCCGGAUUCUUCACCUCGACGGUGAUCGCGCCUGGAGAGAGGAUCAAGUGUCUGCUGCAAAUCCAAGAGGAGGGACCGAAGAAGUAUUCGGGACCUGUAGAUGUUGUCGUCAAACUGUACAAAGCUGGAGGUUUACCCAACAUCUUCAAAGGGUACACGAUGACCUUGUGCCGAGAUAUGCCUGCCAGCGGCAUGUACUUUCUGACGUACGAAGCCUUGAAGAAUUAUCUAUCGGAGAACGGGACCGUUGAUAUGACUGUGCUGAAGACCAUACUCGCUGGUGGAAUUGCCGGGAUGGCCAAUUGGUUCAUCGGGAUGCCCGGAGAUGUGAUCAAGAGUCGAAUACAGACUUCGUCGGAAGAUACAAGUCCGAAAGCUCGCACCAUCCUCAAGGAGCUGUUAGCCACCGAAGGACCGACAGCUCUCUUCAAGGGUCUCAUCCCUGUCAUGGUGAGAGCCUUCCCCGCGAACGCAGCCGCCUUCUUAGGAUUCGAAUACUCUAAGAGAUUCGUUCGAUACUACAUCUUAGGAAUACCACCAGAACAGACCAAAUGA